AUGGCGUCUCUCAGAUCUGUUUGCCGAGCGCCUCUGCGCCAGCUUACACGCCCUUCCACCUCAGUUGCCACAAAUCACCCCAGAUUACUGCAACGGCAAUGGCGGGGCUAUGCGACGACACUGGAGGCCCAGCAGAAGGUGCUCUCACAGGACCUCGAACAAGCCGAUCCUACUGUCUAUCAAAUCAUUCAGAGGGAGAAGAAUCGCCAGAAACACUUCAUCAACCUCAUCCCUUCCGAGAACUUCACCUCGCAAGCUGUUCUCGAUGCGCUCGGCAGCGUAAUGCAGAACAAGUACUCCGAGGGGUACCCAGGCGCGCGUUACUACGGAGGUAACGAGCACAUUGAUGCGGCUGAGAGGCUAUGCCAGGAAAGAGCGCUCAAGGCCUUCGGUCUGAGUCCGUCCGAAUGGGGAGUCAAUGUACAGCCAGCACUCUCUGGCUCUCCCGCCAACCUUUACGCCUACUCCGCUGUCCUCAACGUCCAUGAUCGUAUCCUUGCUCUCGACCUACCGCAUGGCGGUCAUCUGUCCCACGGCUACCAGACUGCGACCAAGAAGAUUUCGGCGAUAUCCAAAUACUUCGAGACACUCCCUUACAGACUCAAUGAGAAGACAGGCAUCAUUGAUUACGACAAGAUGGAGGAGCUUGCACAUCUGUACCGCCCCAAGAUCAUUGUCGCGGGUACCUCGGCGUACAGCCGGCUGAUCGAGUACGAGCGCAUGCGCAAACUCGCAGACGACGUUGGCGCGUACCUACUUUCUGACAUGGCCCACAUCUCAGGACUCGUCGCAGCAGGUGUCAUCCCUUCGCCCUUCCCCUACUCUGACAUUGUCACUACCACAACUCACAAGUCGCUGCGAGGCCCGCGAGGUGCCAUGAUCUUCUACCGCAAGGGCACAAGGCGAGUGGACAAGAAGGGCGUCGAGGAGAAGUACGACCUGGAAGGACCCAUCAAUUCAUCCGUAUUCCCAGGUCACCAGGGAGGUCCUCACAACCACACAAUUACUGCCUUGGCGGUGGCAUUACAACAAGCGCAGAGCAAAGAGUUCAAGGAUUAUCAACAGCAGGUCCUCGAGAACGCCAAGGCCUUUGCUAAACGUCUGGGUGACACAAAGGAGAACGGCGGUCUCGGCUACAACAUUGUGAGUGGUGGCACAGACAACCACCUUGUGCUCGUCGACCUCAAAGACCGGGGUCUCGAUGGUGCGCGAGUGGAACGUGUUCUUGAGCUUGUCGGCGUGGCCUCCAACAAGAACACCGUGCCCGGUGACAAAUCAGCCAUGAAGCCCGGAGGUCUGCGCAUGGGUACUCCUGCCAUGACAACUCGUGGCUUCCAACCUGAAGAUUUCAAGCGCGUCGCUGACGUUGUGCACCGCGCCGUCGGCAUCACACAGAAGCUCGACAAGGAGGCCAAGAAGAAGGCCGAGGAGAGUAACCGCAAGAACCCAGGCAGCGUAGCUGCUUUCAAGGAAUAUGUUGGCGAAGGCAACGACAUCACAGAUAUCGUCCAGCUGAGGAAGGAGGUCGAAGACUGGGUGGGCACAUUUGCUCUGCCAUGGGACAAGGAGGAGCACUGAUUGUAACGAGUGCUUUGGUGAUGCGAUACGAUGCCGUGAUCCGAUGAAGUAAUGCAUACGAUAUGGUGAGUUUUGGAGUCUGGCGGCGGAAAACUGAUUUAUGUAUAUGUCAUCCUGUUAUUCCAUAUUCUUUAUGGGAACUGCAGCAAUCAUCUGUCUUAUUACAUACUGAGUUGAGUUGUGAAAGACUCUUUUUCCUUGUCCUACAAUUUCUUCAACAGAAUAGUCUAUGUGAGAAAAUAGCUGUCGUCAGGAGUGUCUGUUGAU